AUAUAGCUGAACACCAAACAGAAAAUACUCUGAGAUUAUAAUUAUGUCAGACAACUAUGAUUGGGUAGAAGAAGUCCCUAUCCCUUCUAAGUGGGUCUCAGCUGAAAUGGUAAGGGAACUACGUGACACAUUUGUGGUCAGGGAUGAAGAUUUAUACAUGAUGACGUAUCCCAAAUCAGGAACUAACUGGUUGGUGGAGAUUGUCUGUCUGAUUCAUUCCAAGGGGGAUCCUACAUGGAUUAAAACUCUUUCUAUUGACAAACGUGUUCCAUGGAUAGAAAUUGGUGAAUGUAGCAGAGAACUAAAAAAUAAGGAGGACCCACGUCUCAUCACCUCUCACCUCCCUGUCCAACUCUUCCCCAAGUCUUUCUUCUGUUCCAAAGCCAAGAUGAUUUAUCUAUUAAGAAAUCCCAGAGAUGCUCUUGUGUCUGGUUAUUACUUCUUGUGUGCUUUAAAUUACAUUAAGAAAUCAGAGUCACUGGAAGGAUUCUUUAAGGAUUUCAUUCAAGGAAAUGGCAUCGUUGGGGACUGGAAGGAUCACUUCACAGUAGCCCAGGCUGAAGAAUUCGAUAAAAUAUUUGAGGAGAAGAUGGCAGAUUUUCCUAAAGAGCUGUUUCCAUGGGAAUAGUAUAAAGUAUAUGAAUCUUACAGUGAUACUUCAUAUGUCCUUGAACAUGUCUAUGGCUUAGUGCCAUAGCAUAAACCC